GUUGCAUUGUGGGUUCGAGCAUUCGUUGCGCAGAUGGGACGACGGUGGGUUCUUCUGGGGCUAUACAUCGGAAAUAUUUGAAUAUUCGUUUCGUAAAUACCAUAGUUUUAAAGUAGAAACAGUAAUCUGUCGUUUUCUUUAUUCCUCGUUUGAAUAUCAUUACCAGAUUUUCUUCGUACGAUCUAACUGACUAGCGUUUCUAACGGCCACUAUCAUGAAACCCGGAGGUGGUACGAAGGUAUCUGGCGCCAAAACUGUUGCCCCCGAGGAUAAGGUCAGAAAGUCUUUGCACGUUUUGCAGCCAGCAGCCACUGACAAAGAAAAUUUAGUUGGUGGUGGGAGGAUGCUUAGAUCUGCCUUGUCUGUAAAAGAGGGACAGAAACCUGAAGUAACAGAGAAAUCAAAACACGAUGCUCCAAAACGUAAAAAAAUUACACUUAGAGAUAAGGGUGUCCAAACUGCAAGAGGAGAUAAGAUUAAGAUAGAAGUUGAAGAUUUAACAUCAGAAGCUGGACCCAGUGAAAACUACUGGGAAGUGUUAGCAGAAAGGCGGCGGAUAGCUCUUAACGAUGCCUUAGAAGAGAACAAGGAGUUAUCUGAUCGUAUUGAAAAACUGGAAGAUGAGAAUCGUUUAUACAAAGAAAUGUUGGAUGAAACUAGAACACUUGUUGAAGUUCUACAGGUAUCUCUAACAGACAUUUUCCUGACAAAAUAUUUACAUUACUCUGCACAUGUACGUGAACACUAUGUGUGUUGCAGGAAAUGGUUGGAGAAGACAGAAGUGAUAUAAAUAAUUCCUUAGAAGAUAGUGUCCUUUAACUUAGUAUUUAUAAAACGGGUACCAACCUCGGUGCCUUAUGAUCCAAGAUAUAGGGAUAAGUAUCUCCAUAUUGGAGACAAUAAAAUGCAUUCGUCCUUGAUAUGACGUGUCAUGACAAAAAGUCUGAGUAAAAUUUCAUUGAACUGAAAAUGGAAGAGCUUCUAUACGUUACUCUAGUUACAUUUUAGUCGCCCAAGAUCGUAUGUAUUCACGAACAACAAGAAUUCAUUUAUAAUUGCCUAUUUGCCCGAAGUAAGACUACGGCCGUGAUGAUGAACACGUUUACCUCAUGGAGUACUAGUUAUAUUACGUAUAUAUAUAGAGAGAGAAAGAGAGAAAGUUUUAAUUAUAAUUAAUAAACGAGUUUCCUAAAA